GUAACUGUGCUAGAAAGUUGCAGACAUGAAUUCGAAUUUCCAAGAUACAAUUUGCAUGAGCUGUUUUAUAGCACCUUGCUGCAUGAUAUCUCUCGUUUUCGGGAUAGAGCCGUUCUACUUAUGUAACUGUAAAAUGGACAUUACCAUUUUACAAAACCUUCAACUGAAAAAUGCUUAUACUAAAUGUAUAAGAUUCAUUUUGUGGGUAAAUUCUUGCUUGCUCUUGUUGCAUGCUACACCGAUUGCCAGUAAUUAUGUAAUUUGUAAAGGAUGGUUUGAUGACGUCAGUACUGAAAAUUCGAUAUUAAAUGCUUUUUUUGGACUUGUAUUUUUAGCUUAUUCAAUCUGCCUUAGUUUUAUCCGAAACAACAAAUUGAAAGUAAUAGAAACUGGAUUAAAGAACGAAUAUUUUCGACAGACAAUGAUAAACGAAAAUAACUCUACAAUGAGAAAACUCUCUCUAUUUGUUACUCUGUUUGCAAUGACAAUUGUUGUUGGUUUCCAACUGGCUACUGCAUGUAUCUUUUACCCGUCUAUGGAAAAAAGGCAAUAUUUUGAGGAUGCAGAAUGCAUUUCAAGAUAUCUGUCAAUUUGCUGUAUCCAAAUUAAAACUGAAAGAGAUGCUAAAGAUUCUUGAUUUCAUGAAAAGAUUCGGGAAGGUUUCAUUGUGUUUUACGAUGGGUGGAUUUUUAGUCGUCGAUAAGAAAAUCCCUCUUAAGAUGGCAAAAACGUUGCAUUCUGUUUUUUCGGGACUUUUAAAGUUAAGAAACGUAUCGAUUGCGAAGAUACAUUGCGACAACAAUUUCACCAUUAAUUAUACUUCUUAUAAUUGAAAAUGUAGAAUUUCAAAUGUACGAAAUAAUUAUAAACGAAAGUUUCACAGUCUUAUAAUCAAUAUAAAAAGAGUAAUACUAACGCAAUCGAUAUUGCAUUAAAAUAAUUUUCUGUAAUUUUAUACAGAAGAUCAUAGUAAAGUACUGUACAUAGAUGAAAUGGUAAUGUUAGCAUAUAUUCUGUUGCAUUAAAUAUAAUAUG